AUGGUUUACCUAAGAAUCAAAAUUCUAACAUCAAAGUUUAACAUUUCUGGACUUGCUUCAUUUCUACACACCCUUAUAUCAACUUCAGAGUCAUUAGAAGGAGAAAGGGUUGUCUUGGAUAUUAGGAAGCUACUGAAGUUAAGUGGACGGUUAAUGUCAAUGUCAACUCACACAGGAUCAAUAACCUCAUUCAAUGAUAUGCUACUUGAUUUAGUUGAUGUUAUUGUUGGUCACUUACAUUCAAAUGAACGUUAUAAAGCUGCCCUCCAAUUGAAAUCACUCUGUGGAGGACUCUCUGAAGAAACCGUCAAGUAUUUAUGUCAUGAUUACAAACCUAGCUAUAAUGAUGCCUUGACUACUGUCAGCAUUGGUAGAGCAUAUUUGAGCAGCUCAAGAACAGAGAGAGUGAAUUCAUGCUAUGCCUCCACUCGUACCUCAAUGUGUCUAUUGGAGUCCAUUGCAAGAUCUGUCCAGUUCCGUGAGUCAGUGUUGCUAGUAGGUGAGACUGGAGUGGGUAAGACUGCCUGUAUCAGCUACCUCUCCUCCAUCACUGGGAAUAAACUCGUUAGUAUUAACUUGAGCCAGCAGACUGACUCCUCUGAUCUACUGGGAGGUUUCAAGCCAGUAUCAGUUUCUUGGCUCAUCGCUCCAUUGAGAUCAACGUUUGAGAAACUUUACAAAAAAACAUUUAAAGCCAAUAACAAGUUUUUGGCCAGUUUACAGUCAGUUAUAGUGGAAAAGAAUUGGAAAAAAUUAGCUGAUGUUAUAAUACACACUGUGAAGAUAGUUAGAAAAACUAAACAAGGUCAAUUGUCGUUGUUGAGUCAGUGGGAGGAUCUUGAGUCUAAAGCUUUUCGUCUUAAAAAGCAACUCAAUUCUCCUCAGAGCAAUUUCGCUUUUGCCUUUAUUGAGGGUAGUUUGGUUGAAGCUGUUAGGAAUGGAUGGUGGGUUCUACUGGAUGAGGUCAAUCUAGCCUCACCUGAAGCACUUCAGUGUCUCAGUGGAUUACUAGAGGGACCCAAUGGAAGCUUCUUAUUAACUGAAAAAGUUGAUACCAAACCAGUUGAGAGGCAUCCUAACUUCCAAUUGUUUUGUUGCAUGAAUCCAUCAACUGACAUCAACAAGAGGUCACUUCCUGACUCACUGAGGAGCAGGUUCACUGAGUUCUAUGUUGACGAAAUGACCAAACGAUCGGAACUACAGAUCCUUAUAGGCAGCUACCUUCCUGAAGAGGCACACCCACUUAUUGAUGGAAUAAUUAACUUCUAUCGUGCAAUGAGAGAUAAAGCAGUAACUGAAUUAAGAGAUAGUACAGGAAGAAGACCUCAUUACAGUUUGAGGACUCUUUGUCGAGCACUGUCUUAUGCUUUCAAAAAUACUUUUAAAAAUAUCCGUCGCUCAAUUUAUGAGGGUUUGCUAUUAAGUUUUUAUUCCCAGCUAAGAGUGGAGGAUUAUCAAAUUGUUGCUUCUGAAGCUAAGAAAUAUCUCAAACCCUCACUCUCCUCCGCCCAGCCACGCCCUUUAGGGGCGAAGUCAGUACCAGUGGAAGGUUUUUGGGUACCAACAGGAUCAGAAGUUCCAAUAGUACCGGCAGAUUACAUCAUUACUGCUAGCAUACGUAAUAACCUCAAGAAUCUAGCCAGAAUAGUAUCUGGGAGGUAA